AUGAAGAUGGACUGUGUCUGCUCUAUCCAGCAGGCAGCUGCAGAGCCGCAGGAGAAGGGCUCCACCUUCCUGCAGCUCGGCUCCUCCACAGAGCAGCAGCUGCAGGUCAUUUUUGAGGUGCUGGAGGAGUACGACUGGACAUCGUUUGUGGCAGUGACCACGCGUGCCCCAGGCCACCGGGCCUUCUUGUCAUACAUCGAGGUGCUGACUGACGGCAGCCUGGUGGGCUGGGAGCACCGAGGAGCGUUGACACUGGACCCCGGGGCUGGUGAGGCUGUCCUGGGCGCACAGCUCCGGAGCGUCAGCGCGCAGAUCCGCCUGCUCUUCUGCGCCCGCGAGGAAGCAGAGCCUGUUUUCCGGGCAGCAGAAGAGGCUGGCCUCACGGGGCCUGGCUACGUCUGGUUCAUGGUGGGACCCCAGCUGGCUGGAGGCGGGGGCUCCGGGGUCCCUGGGGAGCCCCUUCUUCUACCAGGAGGCGCCCCACUGCCUGCGGGGCUGUUCGCAGUGCGCUCUGCUGGCUGGCGUGACGACUUGGCACGUCGAGUGGCUGCUGGUGUGGCGGUGGUGGCCAGAGGCGCCCAAGCCCUGCUGCGAGACUAUGGCUUCCUGCCUGAGCUGGGCCACGACUGCCGCGCCCAGAAUCGCACGCACCGCGGGGAGAGUCUGCACAGGUACUUCAUGAACAUCACCUGGGAUAACCGAGACUACUCCUUCAAUGAAGAUGGCUUUCUGGUGAACCCUUCACUGGUGGUCAUCUCCCUCACCAGAGACAGGACGUGGGAAGUGGUGGGCAGCUGGGAACAGCAGACCCUCCGCCUCAAGUACCCGCUAUGGUCCCGCUAUGGCCGCUUCCUGCAGCCAGUGGAUGACACACAGCACCUCACUGUGGCCACGUUGGAGGAGAGACCCUUUGUUAUUGUGGAGCCAGCAGACCCCAUCAGCGGCACUUGUAUUAGAGACUCAGUCCCCUGCCGCAGCCAGCUCAACCGUACCCACAGCUAUGACCUCUACCUGGUCACGAACGGCAAGCAUGGCAAGAAGAUCGAUGGUGUCUGGAACGGCAUGAUUGGUGAGGUGUUCUAUCAGCGUGCGGACAUGGCCAUCGGGUCUCUUACCAUCAAUGAGGAGCGGUCCGAGAUCGUGGACUUCUCCGUCCCCUUUGUAGAGACGGGCAUCAGCGUCAUGGUGGCACGCAGCAAUGGCACUGUAUCCCCCUCUGCCUUCCUGGAGCCCUACAGCCCCGCUGUGUGGGUGAUGAUGUUCGUCAUGUGCCUCACCGUGGUCGCCGUCACCGUUUUCAUCUUUGAGUACCUCAGUCCUGUGGGCUAUAACCGCAGCCUGGCCACAGGCAAACGCCCUGGUGGCUCUACCUUCACCAUUGGGAAAUCCAUCUGGCUGCUGUGGGCCCUGGUGUUCAACAACUCGGUGCCGGUGGAGAAUCCUCGGGGCACCACCAGCAAGAUCAUGGUUCUGGUGUGGGCCUUCUUUGCCGUCAUCUUUCUCGCCAGCUACACAGCCAACUUGGCCGCCUUUAUGAUCCAGGAGGAGUACGUGGACACCGUGUCUGGGCUCAGUGACCGAAAGUUCCAGCGGCCCCAGGAGCAGUACCCACCCUUGAAGUUUGGGACGGUGCCCAACGGGUCCACGGAGAAGAAUAUCCGCAGCAACUACCCUGAUAUGCACAGCUACAUGGUGCGGUACACCAGCCGAGAGUGGAGGAGGCCCUCACACAGCUCAAGGCAGGGUCAGCGCAGACUCGGGCAGUGGGGCCCCUAG